UACGUUGUCGUUUUGGCAACCUCGGCUAACCGACUUUGCAGCAGCAAAGUCAUCAGUUAGCUCAUCCUUCCGUGGCGGCAAAAGCAUCCCAGAUAAAAUUCCAAAAAGAAAACUGGGUGAUGGUUUUAUGACACUGCACGGGACAGGCAGCAUCAAAUAAGCUAAAAUAUGGGCGUCCACGGCCUCUGGGACCUCUUGGCCCCCGUUGGCCGCCGCGUUUCCGUGGAAACCCUUGCCGGGAAACGACUCGCAAUCGACGCGAGUAUAUGGAUGAUUCAGUUCAUGAAAGCGAUGAGAGACGAGAAAGGAGAGAUGGUAAGGAACGCUCAUUUGUUGGGGUUUUUCCGACGAAUUUGCAAGCUUCUUUACCUCCGAACCAAGCCGGUCUUCAUCUUCGAUGGCGGCACGCCCGCUCUUAAACGCCGUACUGUGAUCGCCCGCCGCCGCCAGCGCGAGAAUGCUCAAGCCAAGAUUCGAAAAACCGCCGAGAAGCUUCUUCUUAAUCAGCUCAAGCAAAUAAGAUUGAAAGAACUGGCUGCUGAACUUGAGAAACAGAGAAGGACUAAUGAUGCUAAAGGUAAGAAGGUCGCGACAGAUGAAGCACAGAUGGCGCAGGAGACAUCAGGACAAAGCUUAUUGUUUACAGAUGAUUACAAUCAGGAAGCAUUGGAUGAAAUGUUGGCAGCAUCACUUGCAGCGGAGGAAGAUGAAGGUUUCGCUGCUGCUGAGUCAUCAUCUGGUGUGGGGAUUCAAACUGAAGAAGAAGAAGGUGCUGAUGAGGAUGAAGAGAUGAUCCUCCCAACCAUGCAUGGAAAAAUUGAUCCUGCUAUCUUAGCUGCCUUACCUCCAUCCAUGCAACUUGAUCUUCUCGUUCAGAUGAGAGAGAGAUUGAUGGCUGAGAAUAGACAAAAGUAUCAAAGGGUUAAGAAGGCCCCUUCUAGAUUUUCGGAAUUACAGAUACAAGCUUAUCUUAAAACAGUUGCUUUCCGGCGUGAGAUAGAUGAAGUGCAGAAAUCUGCUGCAGGAAGGGGAGUAGGUGGGGUACAGACUUCAAGAAUUGCUUCUGAAGCAAAUCGAGAAUUUAUUUUCUCAACAAAUUUCAGUGGGAACAAACAGGUCCUUACAUCUACUGGAGAAGGGAGCAAGAAAAGUGAACAAAGUCAAACAGCACCAGUGAACCCUUCCACAAGUGCUGUCAAUGAUGUUGCAUCAAAAACAAAACACACUGCUGUGGCUGGAUCUACUGUUGAUGAACCUCAAAGGAAUUUUGAGAAUGAUGUCGAGACAUAUCUGGAUGAGAGGGGUCGGGUUCGAGUGAGUAGAGUUAGAGCUAUGGGUAUUCGUAUGACUCGAGAUUUGCAAAGAAAUUUGGAUUUGAUGAAAGAGAUUGAUGGAGAGAGUGUGUGCAUGACUAAAAGUGCAAUAGAAGAAUCUACCAAUUGUAGCAGUGUAGUUGAUAUACCAGACAAUUUUUCUAAGCGGAUCCCAAAUUUAGCAACCUGUUAUCAGGAUUCAAAUGGAAUGACUUGUGUUGAUGAGAACAAUGAAGAAAGCAUAUUGAAUGCUGGAACUUCCAUGGAGAUAUCUUUUGACGAUAAUGGUCAGCAUGAACUGGGUGGUGAGGAUGAUGAUCUAUUUGCUCAUUUAGUUGCAGGAGAUCCAGUAAUGGAAUUUUCUAUUAAUGAUUCUCUCUCAAAGAAACAAUCUUUGGAUUCUACUUCAGAACCUGAGUGGGAGGAUGGAGAUAUUGAAGUUGAAGCUGGUACUUCAAACAAUAAACUGAAAUGUAAGCCACUCCUGCCAGAUGGUAUGCGUGAUGAGAAUGAUUUGGGAUGUGAGGAUGGUUCUCUUGGUAUCCAAGAAGAGGCCUCCUUUUCUGGUGAAUACUUGGACAUUGUUUCUAAAGGUGCUUUGGAAGAAGAAGCUGAUCUAAAGGAAGCAAUAAGGAGGAGUCUUCAGGACCUGGAUGAUCAAAGGCUUGUUGAUACACCUGAUGAGGAUGAAAAGUGUGGAGCAACGGCAGCAGUGGUUAGUUUGAGCAGGAAUUCUGGGUUUAUUCAUAAAGAAGUGGAUGGAAAAAUGUCACAACCUCCCUCCACAUUUAAUAAUCAACAGCAUGAGUCCCCUUGUCAUGUUCAAGAGAACACCAGAAGUCCUGCUAGUAACAUUGUGGAGACCAAUAGUUCUUUGGACGGCCACUUGACUGCAUAUUUAGAAGUUAAUUAUGGUACGAAGGAUCUUUUGCCUGAAAAAGCAUGUGGAAGCUACCCAUUCGUAGACCCACUAAUGCAAGAUGUGAGUGGAAAUAAUACUUCGCACCAAGAAGUAUGUGGCACCCCUGUACAAGAAAAGGAUGUUUCGCCAUUUGAAGCGCAGCUUGCUUCUGGCACUGGGGAUGGAAUUGUUGCAGAUGGUUUACAUAAUGGGUCUGAGGCUGAGGCAGUAGUAGAUGGCCAUUUGAAUAGGACAACUGAAAUAAAAGGAGCCUCUUUGAAAGAUUUAAUGAUUGACACUGCUCAACAAUGCAGAGAGGGAGAAGUUCAUGAAUGUGGAGAAGAACAUUUGGGUAAAGAUGGUUCAUCAUAUGGCAGAAAGGAAGAAGCUAGAUUGGAGGAGGAAGUGCUACUUUUAGGUGAGGAGCAGAGAGAACUUGGAGAUAAGCAGAAAAAGCUUGAGCGAAAUGCUGAAUCAGUAAGCAGUGAAAUGUUUGCUGAAUGCCAGGAGUUACUUCAAAUGUUUGGCUUACCUUUUAUUAUUGCACCCAUGGAAGCUGAAGCUCAAUGUGCAUUCAUGGAACUUGUAAACCUUGUUGAUGGUGUAGUUACUGAUGAUUCCGAUGCAUUCUUGUUUGGCGCACGAAAUGUCUGCAAGAACAUUUUUGAUGAUCGCAAGUAUGUUGAGACAUAUUUUAUGAAGGACAUAGAGAAUGAGCUUGGCUUAAAUCGGGAAAAGUUAAUUCAUAUGGCACUGCUGCUUGGAAGUGACUACACUGAAGGUGUAAGUGGAAUUGGCAUUGUAAAUGCUAUCGAGGUUGUAAAUGCUUUCCCUGAAGAGGAUGGCCUCCAUAGAUUUCGUGAGUGGAUUGAAUCACCAGAUCCAUCCAUUUUGGGAAAGUUUGAUUUGCAAGCAGGGAGUAGCUCAAAGCAGAUACAAUCACAAGUUGGUGAGACUGAUAUGAAUUGCUCAGAUGCCAAGUUAAGUGGAGUUGCUGCACGUGAUGCAGAUGUUUCUGGGUCUGUUGAUGACACCCAAAAGUUGAAGCAGAUUUUUAUGAAUAAGCAUAGAAAUGUGAGCAAAAACUGGCACAUUCCUUCUUCUUUCCCGAGUGAUGCUGUUAUUUCAGCAUAUUCAUCUCCACAAGUAGAUAAGUCAACCGAGCCUUUCUCGUGGGGGAAGCCAGAUCAUUUUGUUCUCCGCAAAUUGUGUUGGGAGAAAUUUGGAUGGAGCACCCAAAAGGCAGAUGAACUAUUGCUUCCUGUAUUGAAGGAGUACAAUAAACGUGAGACUCAACUGCGGUUGGAAGCAUUUUACACAUUCAAUGAAAGAUUUGCAAAUAUUCGGAGUAAGAGGAUCAAAAAAGCUGUCAGAGGUAUAACAGGGAAGAAAUCCUUGGACUUGAUGGAUGAGUCUGUGCAAGAUGGCCUGAGAAGUAAAAAGAAAAGAAGAAACAACCAAGAUGUUGCGGCUGGGGACAAACUAGAAGAAGCUUCCAGUGGACAAGAAUAUGCAGAUGUUGGGAAUGAGGCCAAGACUACAGAAAAAGUAAAUGAAACGGAGUUGAGAAAUAUAGGAUCCCUGGGACGACCUUUACACCCUGGUGGUGGGAGUAGGAACAGAUUACCCAGUGAGGAAAACUUUCAAGGUCGAAGUAGAGGAGUUACUGUUAGGAAAAGAGGUAAAGCUAGAGGUAGAGGUGGAGCAAGUGAUCAUCCUAUUAACAAAGGAGGAAUUAAAUCUCAUUCUUCAGAAUAUUCUUCAUCUAGCCCUGAUGAUGAAAUCUAUAGCGACAGUGCGCAAGAUGUCCAAGUUAAUUUUGGAGAGCAAAACCAAGUACGAAGAUCGAGAAGGCCUCGGAAGGAAGUGAACUACUCUGAGUUUAACUUGAAAUCUGAUGAUCCCGAUUCGGGUGAUGAAAGCUCCAGGGAGGGUAGUGGAGCAAGGAAAGUGUCGUCUGCAGACAUGCUCGAGGAUCUUACAGCAGCUGUUCCAAGCAAAAUUAACGAGAGUGAAAAUCUUGAUCAAGAACUGUCCUGGGAAUUUCUCGAAAAGGGUGAUGGAUAUGGUGUUGGCAAAGCUAAAGAAGAUAUGGGGACAGAUCAACUAAACUCCAGUCCUUCCAAUGAUAUCGUUUCCGAUACCGAGUUAUCCAAAGAAUACCUGUCAGUGGGAGGUGGAUUUUGCUUGGACGAAGAUACUACUGAUGGGGACUUGCAGGGGUCAUCUAAGUGCCCGGGGAAAGUGACGACAUUUGAAUCUGAUCCAUCCAAGUGCUCGGGAUUGGGGGAAGAUGAGAUCAGUAAGAGCCCCACCAGAGCAGUGAACCCUGUUCAGGCGGGGAGACUGGGGAACCUGGAUACUUCGUAUACCACCACCACCAAGAAUCCAGAUGAGAGUGCAAAUAGGGAUAGGUCGGAGGUAGCAAGCAUUCAGGAAAUUAUCAGCGACGAUGAUUAUGAUAAGGAUUCUUCAAGAUAUUUCCGUGCAAUGCCAAAUUUAAGGAGAAAAAGAAGGAAAACUUGAUGUUGCACCUUGAAGCAUCGAGUGAAAAAAGAAGGUAUUUCCUUCGUUUUUUAAUGGAAGUCGAAUUUCUAGCGUAUCGUUCUGUGCAAUUUAGAUGAUUUGCGUUUUAUGGGGUACGUGACCGUUUCAUUAUCCUAAAUGGAAACACCAC